AUGGCGAUGGGUGCGUGCGGGUUGGAUAUCCAAUUCGCUCGCGGCUUUGUUUUCGGCCCUCUGGGGGCCAAAAACAUCGAUGCCGCUAAAGCCUCGCUGAGCUGGGGAGUUCCCCUGAACACGCGUCGCAUUCACUGGCUCUCCCCGUCUUCUCGACCGAGCUCGUCUAUCGUUAUCGGAUCUCAGCCUGUGCAUCAUGCGUGGUCUACUGAGUUGGAUCCGGCGGCAACGAGGGAUGCCGGCGAUACCGGUUCAAGCACAUUCGUUUUUGCUGCGCCUUCGUCGUCGGUGACGCCUAGCUCAGCUCAUGUUCAGUCGGCGACUAAGGGGAGUAGUGGUGUAAUUGUUACAUUGUCAGGUCAAUCCUCUGACUCGAGUACCGUCGUUCACCCAAGCACCCCGGUUAACUCGCCCCACAGCAGCAGUAGUCUUGUGUCUAGCUCUACAUUUCUUAAUAACCCGCAUUCUGGCUCUCCUGCGGGACAGUUAAGCUCCUCAGCGGCCGUUGUAUCUCAUUCUUUCACCCUUGCAGUUUCAUCGACUUCGAUCACUUCUGUUACAAGCUCAAAGACCCGAACGAGAUCCACCAUCACUACAUCCCUAUCGUCGACGUCUGAACAUUCCAGAUCCACGGUGGCCACGCGCUCUGAGACCUCUGCUGCGGGUUCGACAAGCUCCACUAGCUCCCAUAUUGCGAUACCCUCUGCAGGCUCAUCAACUCCAGUUGUCUCGAGUUCUUCGUCGAUCGUCUCGACGUCAACUCGCAAUUCCCAGGCUUCGAUGCAGACUACUCAGUCAAGCUCAUCAACAGCUGUUGAGUCAAGCUCUGCCACUGUAUCUUCGACUUCAACUCACACAUCCAAGUCUUCAACGCUAACAAGCCAGUCAAGCUCAGCAAGCGUUCAAUCUGCUUCCCCUAGCAGCACUCAGACAGUCACCACAAGCUCUACAAGCUCUAGUGUCACAACCACCGGAACCGGCAGCAUUACCGCCAGCCCUAGCACGAUCGAGUCUCCCUCCAGCAGCCCAAGCUCGACUACCACUUCUGCCGUCACGGCUGGCCAAUUGUGGUCUACACUGAAGAAUCUGUACAAGCUGGUGAAAGAAGCUUAUCCUCUGAUCAAGAAGUGGAUCAAAGACCCCAAAUCGGUCAAGGCAACCGACGUCGCGAAACUCCUCUAUAGGGUGGUAAAGGUAGCCGACGAUGCCAGCGACCUUCUCGCCCCAUCUGGCGGUUCCAGUAGCUCGGGAGGUAGCUCUGGUGGUGAUGCAUGCGGCGGUGGCGGCUUUCUCAGCAUUGUCAGCUGCCUCUCGGCCAAUGCAGGGAGCAUGGCCUCAACCCUCGAGGGAGCUGCUUCGGCUUCGGGCAGCGAGCUGGACGCUGCGAUCAGCGAGGUCUCCUCUCUUUUCGACACCUUCGAGACUCAAUCGAGUGCUCUGGGUGCUGCUGAGGCCACGUCUUCUAGCAUCCUGGCAACACAGACGGAGCCGGUGACAACCACAAGCAGCAGGUCCGAUGCGACCACCACGUCUACCUCGUAUGCAUCCGCUAGUGCUACGUCCACGAUAACAUCAUCCUCCACAACAAGUUUUACUUCAAGCUCAAGCGCGAGCUCGAGCUCGAUCUCGCAUGUGUCUUCGUCUUCGGUGAAGAGUACAAGUACGACGAAGAAAUCUGCAACAUCUUCUGCGGUCAUGAUCGAGACAUCCCCAUCCUCGUCAAGCACCUCGGCACGGUCUUCGUCUUCCAAGCAGACUGAUGGCAGCACUUCGAUCGAGUCCACAGCGUUGUCAACGGCUAUAAGCCAGUCACGCAGCUCAAGCGUGUCAUCGCCGACGACAACCCACACGAUCACCGUCUCAACAAACAGCACAGCCCAGCAUUCUGCAACCAUCACUCCCUCUCCGUCUCGCAACCAGAAUGCAACAACCCUAAUUACAUCUUACACCAGCGCGACGGCCUCCGUCCCAUACUGCUACAACUACGCGGACCCGCACGCAGGCGCAGCAGGAGUAGACUACUGCAUCUGCAGAGUUGGCAACGACUACACAAGCCUACCACUACUGCCCUCGAACUCGGGAUGCAGCUACACGAGCAUCGCCUUGCCAACGACAACCUCCAAGGCCACCUCCACGACGACAACAAGCAGCGGGCCCUUCACAACAACUGACACAGACGGGGACGUCAUCGUGUGCGCGAGCUCGACACUAAGCUACUUCCAAUGGUCGACCACGACCUUCACCUACACGCGCUGCGCUGGCACCAGCACCACCGUGCACACAGCCACCCACUCCACCACCACCACGAGCGCCACCCCAACGCCCACCGCCCAGAUGCUCAUCGCCUACGAGUCCGACUACUAUAGCAAAUGGGCGUUCUUCACGCCCGACAUGGGCUCCUCCGUCAGCUACUGCCACGACAGCCACGGCGAGAUGAAGGCCAGCGGCAGCAUCAAGGUCAAGAGCCCGCCCUACCCGGAUGGCACGUUCAAGUUGAGUUCUUUCAAGAUCGAUGGUAUGAGCGACUGUGUGUAUACCGGUACCAGCUCGGACCCGGGCACCCUCAGCUGUCCGGAUCUGAGCAGUGAGGUCAAGUGCACUGCGUAUUCGGAUACUGAGAUCCAUGAUUGUUAUGGGUAUGUUACUAUCAGUAUGUUUGUGGGGAAGGUGCUGUGUCAGUGGUGA